CUAAUAAGAGUCACCAUCCGCCUCGCCGGAUUGUGCUCGGACUUGGAUUCGACGUCCCACUCCUCUCCCCUCUCCCCUCUCCCCUCUCCUCCUCCGUCAUCGGGUUCCCGCCGCCGCAAACGCCGGCGACUUCCAAUACCGUGCACUGCUUUACACUUUUAACACAUCCCUCUUCGCUAUGAUGAAUUGUGGACCAUCUCUAAAGCCCCUCAAAAAUCUUUUCAUCUGCCGUGACACAGCCAUAAAAGGGGCCAUAGUUCUUCAGAGCACCAACGAGCCUCCUGAGAACUACUACAAUAUUGCAAACCAUGCCGAGACUUGCAACUGUCCUCGCCGUCCUUCUCAUUCUUGUUCUUGUCAAGACCUCUUCAGGUCAGAGUCUAGGAGCUGAAAAUGAAAUUAAACCUGCAGAUGCGGCGAUCAAAGCCUUGAGCAGAAAGGCCUUUAUAGAGGUUCAGGAUUAUGACUAUGGAGGAGCAAACUCUCGCCAUGAUCCUCGAAGAGGGAAGCCAGGGAAUGGUGGCAAAAAUCCCUAGAUCACUAGCCCUUUCUUCCGUCAACCCUUUCUCUAUAUGCUUAUAAAUAUUCUCCUCUAGUGGGAAAAUUAACCACGUGAAGGGAACAGACUUCUUACUAUUUUGGAUACUAGAUAUCUAUUUACUUAAUGAACUGAUCUUGUAAUGAUCUAUUCUAAAGUAUUAAAAGGUUACAUAGAGAUUGUGAUCCUACAAGUCUACUUUUAAAACUGAUCUUGUAAUGAUCUAUUCUAUCGUAUUAAAAGGUUACAUAGAGAUUGUGAUCCUACAAGUCUACUUUUAAUUCUUAAUCAUCAAUGUCCAGACUUGUUAGCUGAUCAAUUUUUGUUUCAUUUUUCCGGUAGUGCACGCGUGAGGGAUGUUGUUCUUACGUGGGAUCGGAAUUAAUGGUUUUCUUUACUGA